GGAAUAGGGCGCCCUUUGGGACACAAACUUGGUGAGCAUGACAGGUCUGGGAUCGUCAUCAAGUGUUUUCUCUACUCUCGACUGUCUCGUGUUUUGUGUUACACCAAGACAUAUGGACCCUGGUCAAAAUUAGUGCACUACAAAGUGAAUAGGGUGCCAUUCGGGACGUGGUCUUUCUCUCCUCUCAGACUGACUCACCAGGCUGUUUUUUCUGUCCCACCAGGCAUGGCAGCAUUGGACAGCCGUGCCUCUGGGAGGAUGGGCAUGCGGGCCGUUGUGUAUUACAUGACCACCACGGUCAUCGCAGUCUUCAUCGGCAUCGUCAUGGUGCUCAUCAUCCACCCUGGGAAGGGCUCCAAGGAGGAAUUCAAAAAUCAGCAGAAGAUCGAACAGGUCAGCCCUGCUGACGCUUUCCUGGACCUCAUCAGGUAGGCCAUAAUUAUUGUAGCGUAUUCAGCGGGUGCCCCGACCGGGUCCAGCGAUUGUCAGUUCAACACCUUAGCUGUUACGCCAAGAGAUCUGAAACCUGCUGACGAGGUCACUAGGUGUUGGGUUAGAGUCACUACUGUACAUUAUACUGCUUCCUGUUGCUGUUCUGUUGUUGUUUCCUGUUGAUGUUCUGUUGUUGCUUCCUGUUUCUGUUGUUGUUUCCUGUUGCUCUUCUGUUGUUGUUUCCUGUUGCUGUUCUGUUGUUGUUUCCUGUUGCUGUUCUGUUGUUGUUUCCUGUUGCUGUUCUGUUGUUGCUUCCUGUUGCUGUUCUGUUGUUGCUUCCUGUUGCUGUUCUGUUGUUGUUUCCUGUUGCUGUUCUGUUGUUGCUUCCUGUUGCUGUUCUGUUGUUUCCUGUUGCUGUUCUGUUGUUGCUUCCUGUUUCUGUUGUUGUUUCCUGUUUCUGUUGUUGUUUCCUGUUGUUGUUCUGUUGUUGUCCUGUUGUUGCUUCCUGCUGCUGUUCUGUUGUUGCUUCCUGUUGUUGUUUCCUGUUGCUGUUGUUAUUUCCUGUUGCUGUUCUGUUGUUGUUUCCUGUUGAUGUUCUGUUGUUGCUCCCUGUUGCUCUUCUGUUGUUGUUUCCUGUUGCUGUUCUGUUGUUGUUUCCUGUUGCUGUUCUGUUGUUGCUUCCUGUUGCUGUUCUGUUGUUGCUUCCUGUUGCUGUUCUGUUGUUGCUUCCUGUUACUGUUCUGUUGUUGCUUCCUGUUGCUGUUCUGUUGUUGCUACCUGUUGCUGUUCUGUUGUUGCUUCCUAUUUCUGUUCUGUUGUUGCUUCCUGUUGCUGUUCUGUUGUUGCUUCCUGUUGCUGUCUUGUUGUUGCUGUUCUAUUGUUGCUUCCUGUUGCUGUUCUGUUGUUGCUUCCUGUUGCUGUUCUGUUAUUGCUUCCUGUUGCUGUUCUGUUGUUGUUUUCUGAUUUCCUCUUGCAUUCACAUGAAUGAUCAGUUUGUCACUGUAAAGGAAAAUAAAAUGCAAGUACAACACUUUUGCUGUACUGAGAUUUGAUUGGUUUGUUUCUCUCUUCUAGAAACAUGUUCCCUCCAAACAUUGUGCAAGCUUGCACACAGCAGGUAAGUCCUUUUCUGUUCCACAAUGUAAACCUGGACCGUACAUCGAUCUCACUGACAGAUUUGAAUGAAGGGAACAAUGUGAAACCCAGAUCAGUGCCGUAUCCAGAUAGUAUUAAUGAAGCCUAGUAAUAUGACCCAUAGGGGCAUAUCAAAGUCCACUGUUUAUGGCGAAUACACUGAGUAUACCAAACAUUAAUAUAGAGUUGCACCUCCCCAUCCCUUUUUGCCCUCAGAACAGCUUCAAUUUGUUGGAGCAUGGACUCUACAAGGUGUCAAAAGCAUUCCACAGGGAUGCUGGCCCAUGUUGACUCCAAUGCUUCCCACAGUUGUGUCAAGUUGGCUGGAUGUCCUUUGGGUGGUGGACCAUUCUUGAUACACGCGGGGAAACUGUUGAGUGUGAAAAACCCAGCAGCAUUGCAGUUCUUGACACAAACCGGUGCGCCUGGCAUCUACUACCAUACCCCAUUCAAAGGCACUUAAAUAAUUGUGUUUUGCCCACACAUACACAAUCCAUGUCUCAAUUAUCUCAAGGCUUAGAAAUCCUUCUUUAACCUGUCUCCUCCCCUUCAUCUACACUGAUUGAAGUGGAUUUAACAAUUGACAAAAAAAAAGGGAUCAUCGCUUUCACCUGGAUUCACCUGGUCGGUCUAUGUCACGGAAAGGGCAGGUGUUCUUAAUGUUUUCUACACUCAGUGUAUAUGACAUAUUAUACCUAUAAUAUAAUAUAUAUAUGCCAUUUAGCAGAUGCUUUUAUCCAUAGAGACUUACAGUCAUGCGUGCAUGAAUUUUACAUAUCGGUGGUCCCAGGAAUCAAACCCACUAUCCUGGCAUUGCAAGCGCCAUGCGUUACCAACUGAGCUACAGAGGACCAGGUCUUUUAUGUUAUAAAGUGUGUUGGUUAUUUCAUUGUUAAUCUGUUCAUAGAAGUCGACCUACCUGUAUACAGCGCAUUCAGAAAGUAUUCAGACACCCUGACUUUUUCCACAUUUUGUUACAUUACAGCGUUAUUCUACAAUUUAUUAAAUAAAUAAAAAUCCUCAUCAAUCUACACACAAUACCCCAUAAUGACAAAGCGAAAACUGGUUUUUAGAAAUUUUAGCACAUUUAUAAAAAAGAAAAAACCGAAAUACCUUAUUUACAUAAGUAUUCAGACCCUUUGCUAUUAGACUCGAAAAAAAAAAAAUAUAUUUUUUUUUUAGUCAUUUAGCAGACGCUCUUGUCCAGAGCGACUUACAGGAGCAAUUAGGGUUAAGUGCCUUGCUCAAGGGCACAUCGACAGAUUUUUCACCUAGUCGGCUCUGGGAUUAGAACCAGCGACCUUUCGGUUACUGGCACAACGCUCUUACCCACUAAGCUACCUGCCGCCCUUGAGGUCAGGUGCAUCCUGUUUCCAUUGAUCAUCCUUGAGAUGCUUCUACAACUUGAUUGGAGUCCACCUGUGGUAAAUUCAAUUGAUUGGACAUGAUUUGGAAAGGCACACACCUGUCUACAUAAGGUCCCACAGUUGACAGCGCAUGUCAGAGCAAAAACUAAGUAAUGAGGUCGAAGGAAUUGUCCGUAGAGCUCCGAGACAGGAUUGUGUCGAGGCACAGAUCUGGGGAAGGGUACCAAAAAAUGUCAGCAGCAUUUAAGGUCCCCAAGAACACAGUGGCUCAGUGGUGUAAAGUACUUAAGUAAAAAUACUUUAAAGUACUACUUAAGUCGUUUUUUUGGGUAUCUGUACUUUACUUUACUAUUUAUAUUUUUGACUACUUUUACUUUUACUUUUACUGGGAGAACCUUCCAGAAGGACAACCAUCUCUGCAGCACUCCACCAAUCAGGCCUUUAUGGUAGAGUGGCCAGUAAAAGGCACAUGACAGCCCACUUGGAGUUUGCUAAAAGGCUCCUAAAGGACUCUCAGACCAUGAGAAACAAGAUUCUCUGGUCUGAUGAAACCAAGAUGGAACUCUUUGGCUUGAAUGCCAAGCGUCACGUCUGGAGGAAACCUGGCAACAUCCCUUCAGUGAAGCAUGGUGGUGGUAGCAUCAUGCUGUGGGGAUGUUUUUCAGCGGCAGGGACUGGGAGACUAGUCAGGAUCGAGGGAAAGAUGAACGGAGCAAAGUACAGAGAGAUAUUUGAUGAAAACCUGCUACAGAGCGCUCAGGACCUCAGACUGGGGCGAAGGUUCACCUUCCAACAGGAUAUCGACCCUAAGCACACAGCCAAGACAUCGCAGGAGUGGCUUCGGGACAAGUCUCUGAAUGUCCUUGAGUGGCCCAGCCAGAGCCCGGACUUGAUCCCGAUCGAACAUCUCUGGAGAGACCUGAAAAUAGCUGUGCAGCGACGCUCCCCAUCCAACCUGACAGAGCUUGAGAGCAUCUGCAGAGAAGAAUGGGAGAAACUCCUCAAAUACAAGUGUGCCAAGCUUGUAGCGUCAUACCCAAGAAGACUUGAGGCUGUAAUUGCUGUCAAAGGUGAUUCAACAAAGUACUUAGUAAAGGGUCUGAAAACGUAUGUAAAUGUAAUAUUUCCGUUUUUACUUUGUCAUUAUGGGGUAUUGUGUGUAGAUUGAUGAGGGGGAAAAAAGAUUUAAUCCAUUUUAGAAUAAGGCUGUAACGUAACAAAAUGUGGAAAAAGUCAAGGGGUCUGAAUACUUUCCGAAUACACUGUAUAUCUACAACACAAAAAUCAAUAAAGCUUUGCACCUUUGCCCUCCAUUGCCCUCCAGUUUAAAACGCAGUACGGUAAGAGAGUGGUCCAUGUGAAGAUGACAGUGAACGACACCCUCUUCGUCCUGAACGGGACCCAGGGCCAGUAUAUCAUGCGGGAGGAGGUGAUCCCCAUCCCGGGGCAGGUGAACGGGGUCAAUGCCCUAGGUCUGGUGGUGUUCUCCAUGUGCUUCGGUCUCAUCAUCGGCAACAUGAAGGAGCAGGGCAAGCCCCUCAGGGACUUCUUUGACUGUCUCAACGAGGCUAUCAUGAGACUGGUGGCCAUUAUCAUGUGGUGCGUGGUGCAGUUAGGCAUGGUUUGAAUUAGAUAUAGGGUGAAGUUGCCCCUAGACAUUGAUUUUGGUUCAGCGUUUAGCAUUUUCCCCACUAAUGCUUAAAUGUAUGAUUGGGGAAGUGGAAGCUGAUCCUAAAUCUGUACCAAGGGGAAACCUCACCCCGGAGUGUUCAAAUUACAAGGUGGCUGGGAAUUAUAUUGUGGCUGGGAAUUACAGGGUGGCUGGGAAUUACAGGCUGGUUGGGAAUUACAGGGUGGCUGGGAAUUACAGGCUGGUUGGGAAUUAAAGGGUGGCUGGGAAUUACAGGGUGGCUGGGAAUUACAGGGUGGCUGGGAAAUACAGGCUGGUUGGGAAUUAAAGGGUGGCUGGGAAUUACAGGGUGGCUGGGAAUUACAGGCUGGUUGGGAAUUACAGGGUGGCUGGGAAUUACAGGGUGGCUGGGAAUUACAGGGUGGCUGGGAAAUACAGGCUGGUUGGGAAUUAAAGGGUGGCUGGGAAUUACAGGCUGGUUGGGAAUUAAAGGGUGCCGGUCUCUCACCCUUUUAAUUUACCUCUAAAUCUAUCCAAUAAAGAUAAAAUACUUUUAAAAAAUAAGCAAAGUAUAACUUGGUGUUGUGCACUAUGUAAUGGUUGAAAUGUGUUGAGCUUGACGGUUCUACAAAGACGUGAUGUAGCUAACUAUUAGCACUCGCUUGGUAUUGUGAGCCUAAAUUUUGACGUGGGAUUUAUAAUGCAUUUUUUUCUGCAUCAGGUAUGCACCCGUUGGUAUCCUGUUUCUCAUAGCUGGGAAGAUAGUGGAGAUGGAUGACAUCACAGAAAUGGGCAGCCAGUUGGGCAUGUACACUAUAACAGUCAUCACUGGCCUAUCUAUCCAUGCCUUCCUGGUGCUGCCUACACUCUACUUUGUGAUCACACGGAAGAAUCCCUUUGUGUUCAUCGGUGGAAUCCUACAGGCUCUCAUCACCGCAUUGGGGACCUCAUCUAGGUGAGUUGUCAUGAUGAUAGACAGUAGAUCUGCCUUUUCUGACUCCUAAUGUCUCGUUUGUCUGUCUCUCUCUCUCUCUCUCUCUCUCUCUCCUUUCCUCCUGUUUCACCUCACCCUCAGCUCAGCCACGCUGCCCAUCACCUUUAAGUGUCUGGAGGAGAACAACGGGGUGGAUAAGAGAGUGACGCGCUUCGUGCUGCCAGUGGGCGCCACCAUCAACAUGGAUGGCACCGCCUUGUAUGAAGCUCUCGCGGCUCUCUUCAUAGCCCAGGUCAACAACAUGGACAUGAACUUUGGACAGAUCCUCACUAUAAGGUAUGUCCAUCCAGUCCAUUAACCAAGCUCUUUGGGGACGAAUCGUGACUCACACUUAGUCUGCCACUAACAUCAAUGCAAAUUCCUGGGCAAAGGAGGAGCUGCAGAGGUUGGUUUCCUUGAAACUGAAUGAGUCAAGGGUUUGUUAAGCAACAGUGUGAGUGCUUGGAAAUGAAACGUUUGUUACAGAAGCAAUGUGUCCACAGAACUAGAAUGAGUAGAAUGGGCAUCCCCAUUCAAGUCAAUUGUGACAUAUUGGGUAGACUGGCAGCCAUUUUGAGUGUACCCAUAGCCGUAAAGCAGGAAGUAAAAGCAGGAAGUGUAUUCAUCUAAUCCAGCGUUUCCCAAACUCUGUCCUCAGGACCCCAAGGGGUGCACUUUUAGUUUUUUUGCCCUAACACUACACAGCUGAUUAAAAUUAUCCAAGUUUGAUGAUUCGUUUAUUAUUUGAAUCAGCUGUGUAGUGCUAGGGCAAAAAAAAAAAACAUGCACCCCUUGGAGUCCCGAGGACAGAGUUUGGGAAAACCCUGAUUAAUCUAAUCUAUUUCUUUGGUUGUGUCUCUGUCCUGUGGAAUAGCAUCACGGCCACUGCAGCUAGUAUCGGUGCAGCUGGGAUACCACAGGCUGGACUGGUCACCAUGGUGAUUGUGCUGACCUCUGUUGGACUGCCCACCGAUGACAUCAGCCUCAUCAUUGCAGUGGAUUGGUUCCUGUGAGUACAGUCUAUUUUCUGAAAACAAUUCUUUCUAGUUUGAGUGACAUUCCCUUCCCAUUCCAUUCUCCCCCAAUCCAUCUGUUUCUGAUUCUAUCAACAUCUGAUUCCUCUAGAGAUCUCAUGCAUGGGCUCUACCGGCUAUGCAUUUCCGCUUUAAUAACUGAGGUUAUUUAAACAUACCCAUUGUGUUCAACGACAAUCAUAGCAUCCAUCCCAGUUUGUGAAAUGAUACACCUGGUUUCAGUUUGCCAAAUCUCCAAUGGAAAACAAACAGGUUUUGUCUGUAAGGAAUAGGCUUGGUGGUGCAUGCCUUUGCAAAAUGUCACACCAAAGCUUUGCCUCUGUGCAAACCUUUCCUUUUCUUUGGGGGAGAAAAAUAUGUUAGAAAAGGGUCCCUUGUAGGAAAGCUGAAAGAGUAAUAUUCUAAGAGUGUUCUAUUCCCUUGUCUGCACGGUAUAUUAUCCCUAACCACCGGACUCCCUCCAUUUCAUUCAGGGACAGGUUGCGUACCACCACUAAUGUAUUGGGAGACUCGAUCGGCGCAGGUAUUGUUGAGUAUCUGUCUCGUCAUGAGUUACAAUCCAAGGAUGCGGAGAUGGGGAACUCUGUGGUUGAGGAGAAAGACAAGAAAUCCUACCAGCUCAUCGCCCACGAGAACCAGUAUGAAAAUGAGAAACCUCCAGACAGUGAGACCAAGAUGUAGGACUACACUUUGACCACUGUAUAUGAACACUCGAUAGUCCAACAUGAACAACUCUGAGGAUAUAAAGGCUUUUUGUGUGUUCUGUAAUCUUUACAGACGUUAGUGAUACAUUUCAUAUUUGGUGUUUUUUAUCCCAUGGUAAUGGGAAGCAACCCAUAUCGAUCCUCUAAACACUUUUUUUUUUUUU